AUGGCAUUUUCCAACCCACUUAGUGGGCGCAUGGAGGAACUGCGGUUUCCCAAUCUACGAUCCCCCGAUACCGAAGUCUUCAGCCCGAAUUCUACCAGCGUGCGAGAUCAGAACUCUUACUUCGCAUAUCCACAAAACUCGUCCAACGAUGCCCGGGCAAGUUUGCAACGUCGUUUUACCACAGACUCGAGUAAAAUGUCGGGCUCUCGCCCAUUUGGCCAACAAUAUAGUUCUAUGAACUCAACUGCAGUCAUGAACAAACAGAUGUAUGAUGAUAUUCAGAACGCGAAGCGUAAAGCAGAGGAACAGCUUCGACUCCUUGAGCUCCAAGAGCGAAGUUUGCAAAUGGGCGCCACAUCACACGAUCUCGAUCGUAUCUCGACAAGAUUGAACCGCAUCAGUUUGAACGGGCCUGUUAGUGAACCCACCACACCACCAGAGUAUGCCGAGAGUGGUUUUAGCAAUCGAUUCUCGCGAUCAAGCCGACUUUCGGUGAACAGCAUCAUAUCUCCGCCCGGUCUCAGCAAGCGCAUAUCUCAAUCUAGCUCUCAGAUUACCUCUCCACCAGCCAAUCGCCUUUCCGGGAACGGCAUGUUCAAUCAGUCUCACAAGCCUUCCGCAAAGUCAGUUCCAGGUUCUCGCCGUGGAUCUGAUGAGGACGAGUAUUAUCCUGACGACCUUCCUACUACGAGGGCCGCUGCUACCCUCAACCGAUUUUCUAUGCCAGUCAACAGCAAUCGUCAUCCUCAACGUCUCAGUCUUAGUGGUGCAACUCAGUCUGCUUACGGACUUGCAAACACCACCAGUUUCCUCUUUGAUGAAGAAGAAGAUAGACAUCUGUCAUUGAAUGCCAUGGAUCUUACGUCUCCUGUUGCUAAAGCCUUUGCACAACUUGAAGGCGACGAUACGUUCCCCACCCUGACCUCUGACGGCCUCAAGCUCUCGGCCAACUCUGCUGCUCUCGAUCUUGCCAACUCUCGAACUCCAGACUUGGAUUGGGCGCUUGGAUCUCGAUAUCGUCCUUCUCAUCAGAGCAUGCCUCAUACAGAUUCGUCCAUGUAUCGGCCUGUUUUGAGCAACCUCAGUAGUCCACCAGCAGAUCGACCAGCCGAUCUUGGUCGCCGUAAGUCACAACGCCAUUCACUGGGGGUGACCUUUGAAGACACCUCACCUCUCCCUGCCAAUCUGUCGGUUACAAGACCUACAUCGCUUCAGACUUCGUACUCGACCAACGACGUUCCCACAGUCAAGAAAUCUUUGACUCUCGAGUCUGUUUCAACUCCACCCAAGUCUCAAGCCGAGCAACAGUUCCACAACCACAACGUCAGCCUAGGUCGCAUUCCAGCCAACGCUGUCAACAAUCGCCAGAGUCGUGAAGUUAUCAACGGUGUUCCGAAGAUCGACGACCAAAUCAUCACUUCGGCUGCAACCAUGUCCAGCCUUCAUGCCAGUGCGACUCCUUUCAAUGCCAACCUCACUUCUGCAGGUGACUUGGUGGGUGUUACAAGCCCCACUGCUGCCUACUCCGCUGCUCCAGCCUAUCAAUAUAACAUGCAAAGUUACAACGUCAGCCAGAUGAAUGCACCAGGCGUCAAUGGAGCAGUUCAACCAUACGGUCAAGGUGCAGGCAUCUAUGGUGUCAAUGGUGCCUUUGGUAGUCAAGGCCAGCGUGGAGCCAAUCGUCGCAACCACAAUGAUGAAGCCCGAUUCAACAAUGUUCCCCUCGAAUCUUACCGCGGAAGCCUCUACGAACUGUGCAAGGAUCAACAUGGCUGCCGUUAUCUUCAGCGUAAGCUUGAGGAGGGUGACCCCGAGCACACCCAAGCCAUCUUCGUCGAAACCUGCCCACAUAUCAUCGAGUUGAUGACUGAUCCUUUCGGCAAUUAUCUUUGUCAGAAGCUCUUCGAACACUGCAACGAUGAUCAGCGUACUACCUUGAUCAACACUGCGGCACCUGCACUUACUACCAUUGCCCUCAAUCAACAUGGCACUCGCGCUCUGCAAAAGAUGAUCGAGUUCGUUCACACUCCCGAACAGGUGGAUACCAUCAUUCAGGCAUUGUCCGAUCGAGUUGUCGAGCUGGUACAAGAUCUCAAUGGCAAUCACGUCAUCCAGAAGUGCCUCACACGCCUGGGAGCUGAGAGAUCACAGUUCAUCUAUGAUGCUGUAGGUAAGUACUGUGUGGUGGUUGGCACCCAUCGCCAUGGCUGCUGUGUCUUGCAGCGCUGCAUUGAUCAUGCACAAGGCUUUCAACGUGCUCAACUGAUUGGUCGUAUCACAACUUGCGCCUUUGAUCUUGUUCAAGAUCCCUUUGGCAACUAUGUUGUUCAGUACAUCCUUGAUUUGGAUGAAGCGGCUUUCACCAAGCCUCUCUGCCAGAGCUUCGGAGGUCGUGUACCUGCACUGUCGAAGCAGAAGUUCAGUUCCAAUGUCAUUGAGAAAUGUCUCCGCACAGCCGAUCUCGACACAAAGAGAGUGAUGAUCGAAGAAAUGCUCAACGGAGCCGAGCUUGACAAGAUGUUGCGUGAUUCAUUUGCGAACUAUGUGGUUCAGACUGCCAUGGAUUUUGCCGAUCCGCAAACCAAACUGCGCUUGGUCGAGGCCAUUCGUCCCAUCCUCCCACUAAUCAAGCAGACUCCUCACGGUCGUCGCAUCGCCAGCAAAAUCCUUGGAAACGAUGCUCAAGGACGUACUAGCGGCACAUCCAGUGGGCAGAUGACUCCCAAUGAUACCUACCUUGCCAGCUUCUCUGGCAGUCGCGCCAACAGCCGCCGAAAUGUUCAGAUUGUUGGUGGUGGCUUUAAUGGCAUGAGAGCCUCAAAUAACAACUACGGUGGAGACAACCCCGAAAGCAUCCAGACCAACGGCAAUGGAUUCGGUAUGAUGGGACCCAACGAGAAUGCUCUUAAUAUGUACAACCAUCAAGCUUAUGCUCCUGAGAUGAACCAGAAUGGUUUCAAUGGAUAUCAAAACGGAGCACUUGGCAGCAACAACGCAUUCUGA